AUAUCUAACUUCACACGUUUACAGAUUUCUAUAAUUCAAACUACAAAGCCAGACAGAGACACACUGAGAGAGAGGGAAGAAGAGGAUAUAUAUUUUUAUAUAUAUAUAAAACCACCUCUCCAGCCUCUCAUAACAAAACGGUAGGCUUUUUCUUUUCUCUUCUCAACAAUGGCGGACGAUGGCGGAAAGAAUAACAAGCUCAUCACCUCCGACGAGCUGAAGAAGCACAACAAGCCCGACGAUCUCUGGCUGUCGAUCCAAGGCAAAGUCUACAACGUCACAGAUUGGGCUAAAGACCACCCGGGCGGCCCCAUCCCCCUCCUCAACCUCGCCGGCAACGACGUCACCGACGCCUUCAUCGCCUUCCACCCCGCCUCCGCCUGGUCCCACCUCGACCGCUUCUUCACCGGCUACCACCUCCAAGACUUCCACGUCUCCCACGUCUCCAAGGACUACCGAAACCUCUCCGCCAAAUUCACCCAAUCCGGCCUCUUCGAGAAAAAAGGCCACGGCGUCGUCAUCUCCCUCCUCUUCAUCGCCGCCCUCCUCUCCGCCGUCUUCUACGGCGUCCUCCGCACCCACUCCUUCUCCUCCCACAUGCUCUCCGGCGCCCUCCUCGGAUUCACCUGGAUGCAGAUCACCUACCUCGGCCACGACUCCGGCCAUUACAACAUCAUGUCCUCCCCCAAAUUCAACAAGCUCGCGCAGAUCAUGACCGGAAACUGCCUCACCGGGAUCAGCAUUGCCUGGUGGAAGUGGACCCACAACGCCCACCACGUGGCCUGCAACAGCCUCAACUAUGACCCCGACCUCCAGCACCUCCCCAUGCUCGCCGUCUCCAACAAGCUCUUCCACUCCCUCACAUCUCGCUUCUACAACAGGAAGCUCACCUUCGACCCCCUCUCCAAAUUCUUCAUCAGCUACCAGCACUUCACCUUCUACCCCGUCAUGUGCGUCGCCAGAGUCAAUCUCUACCUCCAGACGUUCCUCCUCCUCUUCUCCGCCCGCAAAGUCCCAGACAGAGCCUUGAACAUCUUAGGAAUCGCUGUCUUCUGGACGUGGUUUCCUCUGCUCGUAUCCUGCCUGCCUAACUGGCCUGAACGAGUGCUCUUUGUGUUAGCGAGCUUCUGCGUUUGCGCGAUCCAGCACGUGCAGUUCUGUCUCAACCAUUUUGCUGCGAGCGUCUACGUUGGAGCGCCCAAGGGGAAUGAUUGGUUCGAGAAGCAGACGAGUGGGACCAUUGAUAUCUCUUGCUCCCCGAACAUGGACUGGUUUUUCGGGGGGCUGCAGUUUCAGCUGGAGCACCAUCUCUUUCCGAGGCUGCCGAGGUGCCAUUUGAGGAAGAUAUCGCCCUUGGUGCAGGAGCUUUGUAAGAAGCAUAACCUGCCUUACAUAAGCCUCUCGUUCUUCGAGGCGAACAAGUGGACUCUUAGGACUCUGCGAACUGCGGCUUUGGAGGCCAGGGAAAUGGUGGACCCUGCAUCCAAGAAUUUGAUAUGGGAAGCUGUCAACACACACGGUUGAUGCCCCUCUGCCCGCCCUUCUAUUCUUUACUUCAGAGAGAGUUGGGUAUUGUUGGAAGCUUGUUGCAUUCUGAAACAGCUGCCUUCAGUUUGGGAGUUUCCGUUGAUAGGCUCUGACUUGGUUGAUGGAUUCAUAUCUUUUUUAUAUACAUAUGCGAGGAUAACAAAUGUACGUAUCGGUUUAUAGCUGAUUUUAGAGAUUCUUUCAGCCAAGAAACGAGGCAUGGUGUAGCUUGGUUUUAGACAUAUGAUUUAUGAAAGAAAGAGAUAUUCAGUCUCGA